AUGUCAGCCAGUGUAGACGUUUGCCGACCCCAGUCUGCAUUGAGAACGGAUACCGAGGCUGCGGGGCCAGAGAUCACGACAGUGGAUGUUUUGCCUCCAGAGAGCUCGCAGCAGCAGAAUAAUCUCGCGGAGAAGGAUGCAUCACCGAGCCAGUCAGGCACACAAGCUGGAACAGACCCCGGGAGUGCUGAGGAGACCAUUAUGAUAGAAGAAGCACAGAUGACUGAAAAGCCCGGUGCAAAUGAGAUCAAAGACGACACCGCGUCAAAGCACUCGGAAAUUCCUGAUGACACCAGCAUUCCGGAGCAGGACGACGGUGAUGUUGAUUCUCUCAAAUCACAUCACUCAGACUUUGUUUCGGAGCCAAGCAAACUCGAGGACUUGGAAGCCACGGUUAGAGUCACGAAUUUGGAGCAGUUCAAGAACUUCUUCACCCAGGAGGAAAUACGGCCUAUCGUGCAAGUCCUCCACGGCAGUUCCAGUCUGAAGCCGGAUCUCCGUAAAGAGAACGACAGGCGAGAAUCCAAGGCGAAGGACUCACGAGACAUCGAUGAGCGAAAGCCACCCCAACUGGACGUGGAAACGACAUUGCUUCAUCGCAUCCGUAUCCAGUCACCGUGCAUACUGCAACAUCUUUACCAGGCGGCCGACAAAACCUGCUCGGACCCCUGGCGCAUGCACACCUUCUGCAGGCCUUUCAAGAUCUUGAUGCAUUUCCAGCCGCAGAUGAGAGAGGCUCUGGCUCGACUUGAGGAGAAGUGGGGCGGAAAGCUCGAAGACAAUCCAGCCGCCGCUGGCCAGGAAGACGGCAAGCCCGAAGAGGAGAUUGCAAGUGUUAAUAACAGCGACCUCGUUGACAGCAAGUACGCUCUCAUUCAUAUGCGAGUCUAUGUCAAUUACAUGGAAGACAAUGUGGUGCCCCUUCAAAACAUGUUCAGGGGCCCAGGUCCAAAGCCCCGCAAGGUGCGGUUCACCGACCUCUGGUACCUGUUUCGGGAGAGCGAGCUCGUCUAUUCGCCUGUCCCGCACAAGAAGAAGAAGAAGAAGAAAAGAUCGGCAGACUACGGGUCAACGGCGAGCAACUCAACUGUGCAAGCAUCCUAUCAAAGCUGCUGGAGAGUGUACUCAAUCGUCACACCAGAAGUUCCCAGCAACCCCGAUUCCGUCGAAGACAAAGUGAGGAACGACGAUGAUGACGACGACAUGGUAACUGGGGCUGAUGACGAUCUAUUCGACGAUGAGCAGACGGCUAAGAUCUGGUGCUAUUACAUCGACUACGAUGGUGAUUCGUAUCGCCCGGUCCAACACCAGUUCCAGAUCCGCCAGUUCGAGGGCGAGAGAGACAUCAAAGCGUUGCCCGUUUACCCAACCAGAUUCCUCGAUGAUGAGGAAAGUUUCAUGUCCGAUCAAAAGGCCAGCGGUACGACAUUCAAGCAGUACAUAGAGAAGAAGCAUCUCUAUCACCGCGGCUGGACCUUGACCCGUAACACGACCGGCGCAGCGCUUGACGACGUCGACAAGUAUCCCGAGCACAUUGAGAGCGAAGUCAUCGUCGAUUUUGCCGAGGCCUAUCAGACCGUCACAUCAUGGGUUCCCGAAUUCCACAAUCCGGGAAUAGGCCAGAUCGGGACGUGGCGGAUAGAUUCAUGCAGUGACGAGUCGCUCCACACGUACAAAUACACGCUCGACCGUAGCAACUUCGAACAUGUCUGUAUUUCACUCAUUCGCUCUGACGAUGUCGGAAUGAGACGACGUAACCGGGCCAUAGCCGACGACGCCUUCCUCUCUGCCUCGAGAAAGGGCGAUGACGCGGCUCUGUCUGAAGAGUCUCUGGUCCUCCUUCCCAAGCGGCUGAUGGUAUUCUCGUUUCUGCAGCGCAAAUUUAUCAACGCCGACAUCAACUGCCUGAAAGUCAUCGAGCCGGAGCCUGACAUUUUUGACAAGUUGAGCAUCAACGAUGCGCACAAACAGAUGGUGCGGUCGCUUGUGCAGGAACAUUUCAGAAAGAAGAAACGGCGUCAUGAGGGCAAGGAAGUGAUGUACCAGGACAUCAUCAAGGGCAAAGGGACUGGCCUUGUGUUCCUUCUCCAUGGCGUGCCGGGCGUCGGCAAGACGGCCACUGCUGAGGCGGUUGCCCAGGAGAACCGUAAGCCGCUUUUCUCUAUCACUUGCGGAGAUCUCGGCUUCAAGCCUGGAGACGUGGAGAGGAAUCUCACCCGUAUAUUCCGCCUUGCCAACCUUUGGGAUUGCAUUCUGCUGCUGGACGAAGCAGACGUUUUUUUCACUAAGAGAAUGCCCACCGACUUGGAGAGAAACGCAUUGGUCACUGUGUUCCUCAGAAUCCUCGAAUACUAUAGCGGGAUUCUCUUCCUUACCACCAACCGCGUUGGCAUCAUCGACGAGGCCUUCAAGUCGCGCAUCCACAUGAGCCUCUAUUAUCCGCCGCUCAACUGGAAACAAUACAGGCAGAUCUUCCUACUCAACAUCAAGCGGAUUGAGGAUAUCGAAGCCGCCAACGAGGCACACGGCGAGCGCCGUGUCGCCGUCGACAGCGGCAGCAUCCUUAAGUGGUCUGAAAAUCACUUCAACAAGACGAACAAUGAGGUCGGCCGCUGGAACGGGCGGCAGAUCAAGAACGCCUUCCAGAUCAGCGUCUCGCUUGCGCACUACGACCUGCUGGAGACCAGCGCGGGCGACAACCAGUCCUCCUCGACGCCGUCGUCCGGUGGCGCCGGCAUCGACAAUGUUCACGUGAAGCCGCGGCGCAAUAUUCGCGACAGCAAGCCCGGAAUUCUCGACGCUGCACAAUUCGAAGCUGUUGCCCAGGCCACACUUGAGUUUGACGAGUACAUGUCCCACACGAAGAGGGGAACAGACAGCGUGCUGGCGAAGCGCGACGGCACCCGCAACGAUCCGCGCCUCGCCGCCGGGGUUCCCACCGCCACCAUCGGGCUCCAUCAGAAUCAGCAUUAUCAUCGCGAAGUCCCAACUCAUCAAGGCACUCCAACCCAUGCAGGCGGAGGAACAGCGUACUCGCAGGGACGUCCUCCCCCUCGGGAUGGAUAUAGAGACCCGUAUUACAAUGAUCCAUUCUAUUCUCCCGAGCCCCCUCGACGCUUGCCUACGGCCGAUGAUCAGUACUACGGGCAAUCGCCACCACCGCGCCAGGCACCUUCUCUUCAGGCGCAUGAGGCCGGCAUCCCCUUGGAUUACGGCCAUCGCUCUUACCCACCGGAAGGCAGGCAGGGCGGUGAUGUGUACGAGAGGGAUAUGCGUGGGGACGGCAUGGGAGGAGGUGUCGGUGGUGGUGGCAUACCACCGCAGCAGCUCCGUAUGGAUGACGGCGCGGGUAAUGUGUAUGGACGAGGAACUGGCACCUACGGCCAACCACCCCCAGACAGCAAUUAUCGGGCCCCGCCGGAUGCCAGAUACUAG